CACACUACAUGUGGUGUCAUAUGGUGACCUAUACUCACUUACUUAUCUAUCUCAAGCUGAUCCUAGACAUCCCCGUUUAGAUCCAGCUAUACAGUAAAUCUGCUUUCAACCAUGGGCGACUACUGGCACCCAUCCAAGUCUGUGUUAGAGUCAGGAGUCUUGGAUCUGAGCCUGGACGAUGUGGCUCUGGAGACACGCCCCAUUCUGGCCCGCUCUGACAAGCCCGUCGCAGGGGUGAUGAAAACCCAGCCCUUGGUCCCGCCCAUUUACCACGCUUCCACUUACGUUCUCAAAAGCGUCGAAGAGUACUGUGAUGUCGUCACUCAGGGAGGCCACAUCUAUUCUCGUUUGGGUAACUUUACAACGGACUCUGCAGAAUGUGCCAUUAACGCCGUGGAGGGUGGAGCAGGCUCCUUGUUGUUUUCCAGUGGGAUGGCGGCGGUGUCCACUGCAAUCAUGGGGUGUGUCAGUGCUGGUGACCACGUGGUCGCACCAACGCCGUUGUACAGCGGGACAUUUGAGCUGUUUAAGAGUAUCCUGCCCAGAUUCAACAUUGAGAUUAGCUACGUGGAGUCUGGAUCCAGUGUGGAAGAGUACAAAAAACUGGUCAAGUCAAACACCAAGUUGCUGUACACAGAGACUCCAUGUAAUCCAGACAUGAGCUUAACAGACAUAAAGGCGUUCGCGGAGCUCGGAAAGUCCUUGGGAAUUACCACGAUUGUUGAUGGUACAUUUGCUUCGCCGUACAUUCAGCGAUCAUUGCAGUUAGGGGUUGAUAUAUCCAUGCACAGUUGCACAAAGUACGUGGGCGGUCAUUCGGAUUUGAUUGCGGGCUGUCUGACCAUGAGGACGCCGGAACUUUGGAAGAAAUUACGCCACUUCCAAAUGUUGAUGGGGUGUAUAUUGAGUCCACAUGAUGCGAGUCUGUUAUUGAGAGGAGUAAGGACUCUGGGAAUAAGAAUGGAAAAACACAGUGCCAACGCCAUGAAAAUUGCAGAGUUUUUGGAAAAACAUCCAAAGAUAGAACGUGUGAUGUAUCCUGGUCUGCCUUCCCAUCCUCAACACGAACUGGCCAAGUCACAGAUGAAGGGCGGAUUCGGCGGAAUGAUGUCAUUUGACGUGAAGGGAGGGAAAAAUGCCGGCAUCACACUCGUUGAGAAUGUCCGGGUAAUCAACCUGGCCGUAUCCCUGGGAGGUGUCCAGUCUCUGAUAGAGCACACGGCUUCCAUGACGCACGGGCCGUUAUUUGUCUCUGACGAGGAUCGCCGUGCCCAGAGGAUUGGCGAUGGACAUAUUCGGUUUAGCGUUGGUAUCGAGAAUGCAGAUGACCUGAUCCGAGAUUUAAGCCAGGCUCUUGAAAAAAUUUCCAUCUAAACAGUCAAGUUGGACUUGUACUCCCAAUCCCUCACCUAAAAUAGCACAUGUUGGACAUGAUCGCUUACUUUUUUUUCUGAAAAUGUUUGUUCUCAAAAAUUCCUGUGAAAAUGGGCUCUAAAUGACUUGAUAAAAAUCUGAAAUGCGCUGUUUCAGAACUUCGUGGUAGUUUGGGUUGAAUACUUCUAUCUGCUGUUUAAAUAUUCUGCUUCGUUUAGUUAACUUCCCAGAUAGGCUUACAUGGAUAUACAUAUAAAUAUUGGUGAGUGGCCGGUACUUAUAUGCUGUUCAUUUUGGAAAAUCAUCUCAAUAAAG